GGCAGUGGGUGCGCACCAGCUCCCGGAGGCCACGGAGGCCGGGGUUGGGGGGGCCGAGCCGCGCAGCCUUGUGGAGUAGCUGGUCAGCAUCGCCGGCGCCUCCGCUCUCUGAAGGAGCAGCUGCAGCUGGAGGGAUAUUAGAAAUGGCUACUCCCCAGUCAGUUUUCAUCUUUGCAAUCUGCAUUUUAAUGAUAACCGAAUUAAUUUUGGCCUCAAAAAGUUACUAUGAUAUCUUAGGUGUGCCAAAGUCAGCAUCAGAGCGCCAAAUCAAGAAGGCCUUUCACAAGUUGGCCAUGAAGUACCAUCCUGAUAAAAAUAAGAGUCCUGAUGCUGAAGCAAAAUUCAGAGAGAUUGCAGAAGCAUAUGAAACACUCUCAGAUGCUAAUAGGCGAAAAGAAUAUGAUACGCUUGGACAUAGUGCUUUUACUAAUGGUAAAGGACAAAGAGCUAGUGGAAGUCCUUUUGAGCAGUCAUUUAACUUCAAUUUUGAUGACUUAUUUAAAGACUUUGGUUUUUUUGGUCAAAACCAAAACACUCGGUCCAAGAAGCAUUUUGAAAAUCACUUCCAGGCACGCCAGGAUGGUUCCAGUAGACAAAGGCACCAUUUCCAGGAGUUUUCUUUUGGAGGUGGGUUGUUUGAUGACAUGUUUGAAGAUAUGGAGAAAAUGUUUUCUUUUAGUGGUUUUGACACCACCACCAAUCGACAUACAGUACAGACUGAAAAUAGCUUCCAUGGAUCUAGCAAGCACUGUAGGACUGUCACUCAACGAAAAGGAAAUAUGGUUACUACAUACACUGACUGUUCAGGGCAGUAGUUUGUCCUUUUUCUGUUCUCUUUAAACCCAACUAGUUGACUCUUCUUCAAUAUCUUUGAUGCAGAACCAAUUUUUUGUGAACUAUUUUGACAAGUGCAUGAUUUCACUUAACUUGAUAUAGCUGUCAAAUAUGUUUAAAUUGUUUUUGAGAAAUUCAGCAACAUUCAGUUAGUAGAGAAAUAGCUAAUUAUUAAUUCCCUGAUUAGGCAAGGUUCUUUAAAAAAAGAUAUUAUAAUUCUGCCUGGUCUUUUUUCUCUACCUGCCCUUGGCUUAUUAACAUGACCAGUUUUAUUACCAAGGAAAAAAUGAAUUUGCCUGAUAAAUAUUUAAAGGUUAAAUUUUAAAAGUUAUUGUAGAUUUAAAUUGUGUGAACUUGAAUGAUUUUUUUGCAGUGAAACCUUUGCUAAUUUAAAAUUGCAUGCUCUGUAGCAUCUCUGACUUGGGUCGCAAAAUGUAUGUGAGACUGUAUAAUUGAGUUGUUCAGUAAAGGAUAGCAAGCAGUAUCUUGGUUAAUUUCCACUGAAAGCUUCAGAAAGGUAUGGUUUAAUAUUUACCAGAGAACCAUGCAGAAGAAUUUGAGUAAAGGAAAUGAUUGUAUUGCUCAUAGUCAUUUAGACUCAAAGAAAGUUGAAAACUUAACAUUGCCUAGAGUUUGUUACGUGUUUGGUCCCUGGCUAAUGAUUUUGUAGUGUUGAAAUCAUAGCUAUUUUACACAUCUUUUCACAUUUCUUUCUUAAUUGUCGACGCUCUAGGUCUUAAUAUGGAUUUAUGUAUUUUUGUGUGUGUGUGGUUUUUCUUCUUUGCCCUCAUCUUUAGAGAUUGACUAAUACCUCAUUCUGUUUAUACAAACAGCCAGUAAUUUCUGUGCAACCUUAUUAUGUGCAAUAUUUUUAAAUCCUAAGAAAUGUGUGCUUUUGUUUUCAGAUAGACUUAUUUCUUUAGUUCCGCACUUUUCUGUGUUAUACUCCACAUGAGUAUUAAUCCUAUGGAUACAUAUUAAAACUAGUAAAU